CGAGUGCUGUGACCCAUAAUUCUGGGCACGGAGGAUCCACAAGCCCUAUCGCCCCCGUGUCAGAGUCAGCCCCGCAGCUGCUGCUCCAUGCGGCCCCGGAGCCUCCCACUGGCCCGUGGGGGACGUGCCCAGCCAGCCCCCCAUGAGCUGGGAAAGGAUCCCUCUGCUCUCUUACAGGGGAUGCGCAAAGACACCCAUCCCCGCGGACUGGGUCUUUCAGGUGACAUUGCAGCCCGGUCUCUGCCCAGCUCAGUGUGGACAUGAAAGAGCCUUGCGGCUUUUAGUGAGAGGCGGCUGCUUCGCUCCCCAGGUGAUCAGAGCCGGUGAAACACCGUAUAAAGAGCAGAUCAGACCUGCGUGUAAUCUGCGGGGUGCCCCAAGGCCAUACACUUCUCCUGUCUGGCUGGGACCGUCAUGCAGAAGAUGGAGUCAGAGCAACUGGAGAGACUGCGUCAUGCAAACCAAGACCUUCUGGAAAGGCUCAAGGCGAAGCAGGAAGAGAUCAAAAAAAGACUUCCUCGCAAGCCACUGUCAGCAUCCUCUCUUUCCAGAAGAACAACUCCUGCAGAGAGAGCUGUCCCUGUUCCUAAGAGAGGGAAGGAGAACCAAGUCCGUGCGACGAAGGGCGCGACGGACCCUGUGACGCUAGUGUCUGUGGAACCCGGAGCCAGCGCAGCCAGGGCAGCCCUUCGUUCGCCAUUGAAACCCGCAGCGUGCGGCAGGGAGGGGAGGGGUGUGCUGCACUGCAGGGCGGGGGCGCAUCCGGAUUCCCUCAGGGCAGAACGAAGCUUCACACCCGCAACUUCCAUCGCCAGAGACGACAGCGCCCUGAGAAGCCCUGAGGAAGAAUCCAGCCCUGUGGAACACAGAGAGAGCAGAAAGCAAUCCACCAUGCUCCAUGGUGCCCAGGAGAGGGGCAGGCCACGGGCUGAGGCAGAGACGGCGCUGGGCAGGACCCCAGCGGAAGGGAGUGGCCGGCAGGAAACAGCCAUUAGAGACUCCAGGACUCCUAAAUCAAUCCUGCUGACGCCUGGGGGUAAAGAAGCCAAGAAGGAAGCCGGCCGAGUGACUUUUCUGUCGGACCCUGAGGAAUACACUAUCCCCGCCGAUAGCUGGUCAGCGCGUCCUUUCUUGGGCUACGACUGGAUUGCAGGGCUGCUGGAGACAGACUCGUCGUUGUCAGAGAAAUCUGAGCAGUACUUCGCUGAGCUCAGGGAGUUCCGGCAGGUGAACAAGGAAGCGUGUGUCCAUGAGGAAGACCUGGGGCCAGAGGCAGUGGAUUUCUUGGCUCCUGUACAAGAAGCAGACUUGGAUUCCAGUUCCCAUCAGUGUGUUUAUUGCUAUCGAUUAAACAGGCGCCUGUUUACCAUCCCUGUGGAUUCCCAGUCUGCCUGCCCCGUGUGUAAGACCCUGAGAGCCCGACGCCCUACGGAGACGCUGGAGGAACCAGCCUACAUCAGGGUCAGCAUUCCCAGGUCCACCCUCCUACCUGCCUGUAAGUACAAAAUCCAUCGCAGGAAGAGCUUUGAACCUGCAGACGAUCUGGCUUUACCCUCGCACUGCCUGGCCGGUUGGGAGAAUGUCGUCCCCUCCAGCAGCCCCACGCUUAGCAGUUUGGAUCUGCGAACUUCACUGCAACAAAAACCCACUGACCGUUCUCACCAGACAUUGAUUACCUCACCUCAGUCCUGUAAUGUGCUAGAGAACUGGCUCUAUGACGAAACUUCCCAACGUUGCUGCUACCAAUGUCCCUCAGGCUACCAUAAACGGAAAGAGUGUCCCACAGAUCCAGACCGGGACUGCGGGCAGUGUGAGCCCGAGCACUUCCUGAACAGGGAGCAAGGGAAGCCACACUGCAAGCUCUGCGUGUCGUGCAAGCCAGAAUACAACCUUGUGGAGAAAGUCCCUUGCUCCUUCAAUUCCAGAAGGGUGUGUGAGUGCCGAGCAGGACUGUUUUGUAAACUUGCCAUUCAGAGCAGCUGUGUGCAAUGCAUUUCCCACACUGUCUGCAAGCCAGGAUUUGGAGUCCUAGCCAGAGGCACAUCGGAAAUUGAUGUCUCUUGCCAAGAAUGCCCUUUGGGGACCUUCUCUGAUCGUCACUCCAGCACCGAACGCUGCAAACCCCACACGGACUGCGCCAAGCUAAACAAAGUAGCCACGGACAGCGGAAAUUCCACACACGACCAAGUCUGCAUGGACCCGCCUCCUACCCACCUCACACCCGCCUCUUUGUCUGCAAAAUUCAGCAACAGGCCGAAGGAUUCCGACAGGGCGGAAGUGCUGCUCCUGACUGAGCAGCCAAUGACCGUGAGAGGCCAGCAUUCCCACACUGCCACAAAGCCAGUGACCAGCGCUAGCAUCCUCAUGAGUGAUGCAGCCUCUGAUGAUGCCAACUGGACCACUGCGGGAACCGUCGAUGGAUCAGAUACAAAACACGCAGCUGGCACUUCUCCUAGUUCAGAUAUAGCUACAGAAGAGAUUGCCAAGACAGGUGAUGGGAGCUUUGUUCCCUGGGGUGCGGUGGUUCUCUGCAGCAUGGUGCUUCUCGCUGGUAUGCUGGCGGUUUGGAAAAGGAAGGUUUGCAAGAGGCGGAUUUUCACCCCCAAUGGGAAGACUCUUGAUCUGUAUCCAGUCACUACAUGUAGACCCAAAUCUUCAAGUCAGGGUUCUGAUCUGAUGAAGAACUGUGCGAAGAGAUUCAGUAUGCUGAAAGCUGACAAAGAGUCAGAAGAGAGGGAGUUGUUAAACAGAACCCCCAUUGUGGAAACCAACAACAACUUGGUCUCCAUCUCAGAAAAAAAUCCCAGUCCUGACUCAAGCCUGACGGAAGUGAUCCAGAGCACUGGGAAUGCCACCGACUACCCUGCUGAUUCCCGAGUGAGGGACCACACGAAUAACCGAAUUGACAAAAUAUACAUAAUGAAAGCCGACACUGUGAUUGUGGGGUCCAUUUCAGAAGUGCCCGUCAGCAAGAACUGUGCCGUUAGAGGAUGUGAAAAUGAUGCUAAGGCUCAAGAAAACAUGGAGGAAAACGAACUUGCAAUGCAUUAUCCACAGCAGGAGACAGAAUCGUUUCCAGGAAGUGAUGUAAUGAUUCCGGUGGAGGAGGAGGGCAAGGAAUUUCAUCACCCUACCACUGCCACUGAGAACCCCCACUGCUUAGCCCGGGAAGGAGGGUCAGAGGCUUCCGCUCAGCCCUGCCGCGGGGGGCUGUCCCAGAGCCGGCGCCGCCCCGCUCCACCCCUGGCUGGCUCCCGGCGGCGGCUUUCAGUCGCGGCGCGGCGGGGCUGCGGGAUGGGGCCCGGCUGGCUGGUGGGCGCGCUGCUGCUGCACGUGGGGGGCUCGCUGCCCGGCAAGAACUAUUCGUUACCUUAUACGUGGCAGACCCCGGAGUGCAAAGACCCAGACUCUGAAUACUUUCAAGAAAACAUUAAUAAAUGUUGCAGCAAAUGCUCUCCAGGUUACCGUAUGCUUCACAGCUGCAGUAGCAGUGCUGACACAGAAUGUACACCGUGCGAUGAAAACACGUAUACAGCGCUCUGGAACAGAGCUCGGCGCUGUCUUGGCUGCUCAUCCUCCUGCAAUACGGGAUUAAUGCAGACUCAAGAAUGCACAAGGACCCAUGACAGAAUCUGCAGCUGCCCAGCUAACACCUACUGUGCUUCAAAACAAAGUCACGGUCGCUGCUUGCUUUGUAAAGCACACAAGACAUGUAGAAAAGGCUAUGGCGUUUCCAAACCAGGAACAAACGUUACGAAUACAGAGUGUUUCCCCUGCCCUCCCGGCACUUUUUCAGAUGAAGAAUCCUCAACUGCCUCCUGCAAACUGCACAGAGUCUGUCAGUCAGUGUCUGUUGCAGGAAGCAACACAAGUGACACAGUCUGCAGUGACUCCGAGGUAGAUGUUGCUGUCAUAGCCACAUCUCCUCACACUACCACACGCAGCACUGGCCCGCCUAUAGCAGCAAGCUCCAUAAAAACCGAGGCCGUCCAGCAAGGCCUUUCUUCUGAUGUCUCUCAGACCAUUGGUAUAAUAGUAGGACUGACGUCUCUACUACUCAUAGUAGUUGCAGGGGUUGCCUGUUGCAUUGUUUCUAGAAAAAGAGCUCCGGAUUUGCCCUUCGUGUGUCCUCAGAAGCAGCCUGACAAAAGGCCACGAGAUACAGGAGCACAGAGCGCCAGUGGUCCUAAGCAGGAGGAGCAGCAUCUCUUAGAAACUCCUGGGUCAAGCAGCAGCUCUUUGGACAACACAGCUUCAGGAAUCAGUAUAAUAAGUAUUAAGAACACAGAAAAGAAAGAAACCGAGAGAACGCAGCAGAGACGUACGACCUCAGAAGGUUGUAAUCAUCACAGUGGAGCCAGACCCAGCUCUGCAAGCUCAGAGCAUUCUGCUAGUGGAGGAACGCAGGUGAACGUAACUUGUAUUGUUAACUUGUGUAAUUCAAACCACAGCCCACAAUUUGCAGAGCCGACCACUUCAGCCACCACGGGUCAUGAAAAUGUUCCCUACUGCACUCCAACAGAGGAAGAAAUUCCCCUUUCUAAAGAAGAAAACCCCUUGAAAAGAGAAUCUGAAAUUCAAAUCUCAGUGGAAGCUGCAGAUAGUUUACCUCCAAGCUUACCGUUUCCAGAAGUAAAGCCAUUUCCUCUGAGUGUUCAAGAUGCAGGGAUGAAAAAUAGCUAAAGAAGAUGACAGAUCAGAUAUUGAUCAAUAAAACUCUAAGCAGCUUCUGAUCUGCUAAAAUAAACAAUGCGUUAAGAAUAGCAUUCUUACGGAGACUUAAAAUCUAAAAUGUAUAAAGAUAUGGAGGGAUGCUGAGCCUUUUAAAAAUGUUUUAGCCUUCUGAUAUGUAAUGGCUUUAAAAGUUGAAGGAAGAUCUGUGCAGAAGUCACUGUUAUUUUUAAAAGCGUUCUUUUUCUUUUCAAUUUUAUUAGUUUGUUUAUCCAUCGAAUUGUCACAUGUAAGCUUCCUUCUGUCGUGCCUUUACCACGUGUCUUGAUCCUGGCCUAGAGGGAUCUCCUCUGCAGCUGAAAAGCAAGUGUAUUCAGUCUUCGUGCUUGUUCAGUCAUUGACCUAUCUGCUGAGUCUGCCUCCAGGAUGCCAUUUAGGGAUAAUGAUGGGAUUUUUCAUUCACACAUCCCAUUGGCUAAGAACAGGACUAAGACCAGCAUUCCAUGAGAAAUGAGUUGGUGACCAGCUGUCCAAUGCUGUUGAUUUAGUCACAUGUUUUUAUGGCAUCAGAUUAUACCAUUUCCCAUCUGAUCUACCCACCUCUCAAAAUAUUCACUUUUUUUUUUUAAGGGAUGUAUGCUUCAGAUCUUUCCUUCUGUCCUUGAUACUUUUUGCUGCUGUUUUCUCUUUCUCUCUCAUACGGUGGAGGCAUAUCUGUUCUCUAAGAUUUAUGUGUACUGGAGGGUAAAAAUCUUCUACAUUAGCUUUUAUAUUAGACUACAACUAUUCUAGUCAACAAUAGCAAAAAUGCACUUAUUUUUGUGUCAGCUGUACAUAUUUACUAUAUUUUUUUUAAAAAGAAAAUAUGUAUUAAGUAGAACUUGUAACAUCAAAGUAAGUAAUUGUCAAUCAAAGAGCUGUCAUGUUUGUGCCAUGGUUGAUUUCAUGCUGUUAGCUGGCUGACUCUUGAGGUUUGUCAGAGAGAAUGGUGUGUGCCAAAUAUUUUCCUCUACAUUUCAAUUAAUAAUGGUGAAGACCCAGGCAAAUACAUAUUUCAUACAACUCAUCCUGGUUGACCCCAGGAAACGGUGAAAGGCUGAAUGGAACCUCAGAACCACAAAAUCAGCUGUUUGUGAUUAUGUCGUCCUCUAGCAGCUGAUCUGCAAGGAGAUGGUACUCCUUACUGACAACUAGUGGAGACUUUUCUUUAGCGCCAGUGGCAGAAGUCUGCGCUUUUGUUCUGGGAUUGUACUUCCCAUAAUCAUGUUGCACAUGUGUGGGUUAACCAGCAACUGUGAUGUCUGCAUUCAAACAUAAAUGUGUUACAAAGUGUGAGAAUCAGAUUCCGGCUAAGUCAAACUGGGGUAUGAAUUCUGUCCUUUAUUAAAACACCUGCAAAUCCUAUUGGAGCUACUCAAGAGUAACAGAAUGCAAAAUUUAUUCCAGAGGCUUUAGGCUGAAGAAGAAUGUCUUUACGUAGCUUUCAUUCAACAGCUGUGCUGAAGAGCAAGUGUGCUUUUACACUUCCACCUAAACUUUCAGGAUUAUCCUCUGUGGCUGUGGAGGUUUAGAGGUGAAACGUGCUGAACUAUAUUUUAACUUGCAUUUGAGAGUAUGCUCUGAAAUGACUUAGCAUAUGGAAACACUGAAAUUAAUCCAAAACCACAGAAUUUACGCUUACAUAGGACUUGAUUGCACAGCUGGCUGUUUCCAGCAAUGUGCUGAAUAUCUGUAUCUGUUGCUCAUCACUUCCAAGAAUUGGGUCUGUAUUGAAACAGCAGCCUAAAGGAAAAAUCGGGUUCAGCCAUUGCAGUUAAUUUUAUAUUAUGCAGCUGCAUGGUGGCAUAAAAAUCCUAUGUGUUCAUGUAAAUAUUAUCAAAGAAAUUUGUUAACUUAGUCAUUAGCUGUGUAUAAAAAAGUAAAAAUCUGUUUUUUAUUUUUAUAAUUUAUGUAUAACUUGAAUUCUCCUGUCCUGUUCUUUCUAAUAAACAAAGUGCCUU